AAUUUUCCACAACUAAAAUCGAGCUUACGUUGACACAAAAAAAUUUUAUUUGAGUUGCCAAGUUGUACAGAAGUAAUCAACAAUAAUUAUUCAUUGUUCAGCAUAAUUUCUUUCUUUUUGAAAAAUGAUUUUGAAUUUGGUGAUUAUAUUACUUUCAACUGGAAUAUUAGUAAAUUCCGAGCUAAUAAUAACAAAACCCGUUGAACAAUAUAAUCAAGAUGAAUAUAUGUCGUAUGGAUGGGCAGUGUAUAUACAAGAAACCGAUAGGCAAUUUGAAUUAUGCGAUGGUACAUUUAUCAGACCACGAGUAUUUAUCACUGAUGCCAGGUGUCUAAGCGAUGAUUAUAAUCGUAAAAUCGAAAUCGUAAAAAUUAUCCAUUAUAAUAUAGUCAGUAGUUAUAGCGUAAGCAAUAUAUACUACAAUGAAGACCUAAAUGUCACGUUCGAUCCGAAUAAACUUAAAAUAGCCAUAUUAAUAACUGAUGAAUCAGUUGAACCCGAAGAAGAUAAAAAUGGAUACGUACAAUUAAAUUCGAAUCUUAAUGAUAUCAAUGCCACAAGCUGUUUCAUACCAGAUUAUAAAAGUGUUAAUAUAUCAUUUAUUAGUUGUAACUUUGCGUACUUCGAUACUCGUAAUGGAAAUCCUAGUAAUUUAUAUUGUUUAACCCACGUCAAUGAUAUACAGUAUGCUUUUGGACGUAGUUUAUUUUGUUACUUGAAAUCCGAUCCUGAAGUCAAAGCUUUAGUUGGAAUAAUGUCAGAAUACAAUGAUGGACAAUUGUGUGGCCAGUCGGGUUUUACUAUAAUCACCGUUGAGAAUUUAAGCGGGUUAAAUGAUGCUAUCACUAAAAAACUGAAAACGUUGUAAUAAUUAUAUUUUGAAAUGCAAAAUUUAUUUCUUUACACAGUUGAAAAAUUUGUGUUAAAUUUAACACAAAUCACAUGUCCCAAAUGGCCCACUCAAUUUUUUGGAUUAAUUUAACACAUUUUUCUUGUGUCAAAUUAUAAUACGGGUUUAAAACUUGUUGAGAUCAGAUAAUGCAUUAAACUUUAGUUAAAUUUACACUUGAUGGUGUCAAAUAAUCGACACAAAAUAUUUAAUUUUUCUACACAAGAACACAAAAUUCUCAACUGUGCAAGAAAUUAAAAUAAUUCAAAAUAAUUACCCAAAUAUCAAUAAAAAAAAAUAAUGUAAAAUUGAUAAUUAAAUAAAUAACCAAUUUAAAAAUAA